UUGUGAAGAUGAUGAUGAAAACAUCCUUACUGUGUCUGCUGGUUCUGACAUCACUGCUGUGCUGCAAGACUCACAAAGGUCAGAGAAACAUCACAGCAGAACCAGGAGACAACGUCAUUCUGACAUGUAGAGCAUCUGAGAACAAAGAUGUUAUAGUGUUAGAGUGGAGCAGAACUGAUCUGGAGUCAGAUCAAUAUGUUGUUCUGUACAGAGACAGUACAUUUUUUCCAGAUGGCCAGUCUCCAUCCUUUCAGGACCGGGUGGAUCUACUGGACGUGAAGAAUGGAGACGUGUCUUUGGUUCUGAAGAACGUGACGACUGAUGAUACAGGAACAUAUGAGUGUCGAGUCGUUCAGGAAGGAAAUAAUGAAAGGAAGAUUCUGGACAUUGACCCCAUCUGCAUCGUUAACCUGAGAGUUGAAGCAGGAAACAAGGAGGAACUAAAGGAGGAUGGAGGAAACAAGGACGGACAAAUGGAGGAUGGAGGAAACAAGGACGGACAAAAGGAGGAUGGAGGGAGCUGUACUGGCUGGAUAGUUGGUUUCAUAGUAGGACUCGUUGGAUUCUUUGUUUUGGUGUCACCUGUUGGUUUUCUGCUCUAUAGAAAUCAGGGACGUUAAUGUCAGGAAAUCACCUCCUCUAGCAGAAGUGAUCAAUGUUUAAAACCGUCCUCCAGCUGAAGAGUGAACAUCAAGGCAUCAUUUCCAGCUGGAAGAAACCUUCAGCUCUGUGACAGAAUAUAAAAAGACGAUAAAGACUCACCUGGUUCUCUUCUGCAGGGAUAAAGGACGGACUGAUACUCGGUCUCCCAGUUUUUCUUGUUUUGCUUCUUAUUGUUUUUAUUUAUGUACAUCAUAAGAUUCAUCACCCAGACUUGACCCACCUCCAGCACCAGAAGCUGAACUCUAGCAAAUUACAGCAUUACCAUAAAAACUUAAGCAUCCCUUAAAACCUAAAAGACGCUUUCAACAAGCUGACUGGUGGAUAAAUAACAGUGUUUUGUCUGAAUGGAAAA